UCUUUUUUGGUGCUAAAUUAGAAGAAAAUCUCGUUGAUGAUGAUCUUUUUAAGGGCGACACAGAUGGAAAUGGCGAUCGGUAAACAGAAAUAAAGAUCAUCAGCAAGAGCUUCCAAGAUCUUGUCGUUUUCGGAGCAGAAAUCAGUUUUAGGUUUGAUUGAUGGCAACAAAUGACUAUGAAUCCGGGUUGAAGAUGCUGGAAGAAUUGACCACAAAUGCCCGGCAAAUCCAGGACCAGUUGUUGGGUGAAAUCCUUACUAAAAACGCCGGAACGGAGUAUUUAAGCCGAUUCCUCCAUGGCCAAAACGACAAGCGACUCUUCAGAAAGAAUGUACCCGUUGUUGCUUACGAAGAUCUCAAGCCUUAUAUUGAUCGAAUCGCCAAUGGGGAGGCGUCUUCAGAUAUUCUUUUAGCUGAACCCCUCACUGGGUUCUCUCUCAGUAGUGGGACUUCAGGUGGGCAGCCGAAGCUGAUACCUGUCAUCGAUGAAACUACUAACACACACACAAUGUAUAAUAACAUUUUUCGGUCUGUGAUGAUAAAGCACUUUGGGGACAUAAACCAAGCCGGUAAACGAAUGGAGCUUAUGUUUGUCAAACCAGAUGUUGAAACUCCUUCUGGCCUCAAGGCAACUGCAGUCUCGUCAAGAUUUUUCAAGAGGAGUGGCUUUCGAGCCAUUUUGCCGAAGCUUUACACGAGCCCUUUCGAGACUAUCGUUUGCCCGGACGCCAAGCAGAGCAUGUACUGUCAAAUACUUUUCGGUCUAAUACAACGUGAUGAGGUUGUCAUGAUUGGCUCAGUCUUUGCAUCUGGUGUGCUAAGAGGUUUCAAGUUUUUAGAAAAUAACUGGCAAGAGCUGUGCUCAAAUAUAAGAACUGGUCGAAUAAGUGAUUGGAUCACUGACUCGGGGUGCAAAAACGCAGCAUCGUCGAUCUUGAAGGCUAAUUCAGAGUUGGCUGACUUGAUAGAAAAUAUAUGUAUGAAAUCAUGGGAGGGAAUAAUCAGAAAGCUAUGGCCUAAAACAAAGUACAUUGGUACCAUAUGUACAGGCGCAAUGAUGCAAUAUACUGCAGAACUUGAGUUCUAUUGUGGAGGUCUACCUUUAGUGUCAGGUUUUUAUGGUUGCUCGGAAGGUGCUGUUGGGAUCAACUUAGAACCUCGAAGUAAACCUUUGGAUGUCUCUUACACAUUUCUUCCUAAUUCGGUUUACUUCGAAUUUGUUCCGAUAAAGGAAGAAUGUGUUGCGAAUUCUCCAAAUCUGGUUGAAUCUGUAGAAACGAAGAGCAGCGACGAAGAUACCGAACCUGUUGAGCUUGUAAAUGUGAAGCCUGGUCAAUGUUAUGAACUGCUUGUCACAAACUCUACGGGACUAUACCGAUAUAGAGUUGGCGAUGUUCUUAUGGUGACUGGUUUCUACAACAAUACACCUCAGUUCCGAUUCGUAGGGAGGGAAAACGUCGUUCUAAGCGUCGAUCUGGAAAGAACAAGCGAAGCGGACCUCUUAAAGGCCGUAACCGAAGCAAAAACACUUCUCGAUCCGCUCGGAUUCAUCUUGACGGGCUAUACUAGCUACGGUGACACUUCUUCAACACCAGGUCACUAUGUCAUAUUCUGGGAGCUCAAAGCAAAAGAAAGCAACAACGGCAACAAGCUCGACCCGAAGGUAAUGGAAGAAUGUUGCUCUCGAAUGGAAGAUUCGUUACAUUUUACCUAUAGAAUGUAUAGGAGAGAGAAUAUAAUUGCAGCUUUGGAGAUCAGGGUCGUAAAGCAAGGAACUUUCGAGGAACUGAUGGAUUACUCUGUGUCCCAAGGUGCUUCUUUGAGCCAAUAUAAGACGCCCGUUUGCAUCAAAUCUAAGGAGGCCUUAGAGAUACUGAAUUCAAGAGUUAUAGCUAAGUUUUUCAGCCCCAAAACUCAGUUGAAUCUUUUACUUUAAAAUUACUACUUUCUUAUUAAUUUGGAUUAGACCUUU